GCGACUGUGAGAUCUGCUGAUGUUUAAUUGUUUAUAACUAUAAUAUCAGUUUGGAACUCUUUUAAUGUCAACAAUAAAGAAAAUAGAGAGAAUAAAGUAAUAAUGCGUGACAAGUAAAUAUACACAGGAGAAAUAACCAAAAAAAAAUGGAUCUAGAUAAAUUCUGCACUGCUUCGGUCCCUGAUUUACAUCAGUGGAAGUCUCACGCGCGCAGGUUCAGGUCUGCAUUCUGCGAGUAACAAAAAUUUCACCGAAGAUUUACAGCAACGAGUGUCCCAGAAAAUAAAGAAAAGUGAUCAAAGGACGGAGCUGAACUGCUGUCUGCUCUGUCUGGAGUUACUCCUUUUCUUUCGGGUGAAGGAUUUGAGCCAAUCGGAGAGCCUGUGCGUCAGUCAAUGUACCUUUGCUUUAUAUAUGGGGACGCGCAGUCCACCGGUGUAAGAAUGAGCGUCUUUUAAAGUAAUUAAUUAAACAGUUGGUAAUUUCCAGAAUGUAUCAGAUCUUAAUAUGAUGUUAUAUUUCCAAAACGACCAAUCUGAAACUAAGAAAAUACAGAUUGCUUUCGAAGAUGCAUUUUUUUCCUUUCUCUUGUAAUCUGAUGACAGCGACAAGUGUCUCAUUGCAUGCUGGAUUUCAUGGCCAGGACUGAUACAGACGGUUUGCAGUGCAGCCGGAACAGUAAACUGGACACUUUUCUCAGGAGGAACACUGAGCGCAGCGUUUAUGAUCGGAUUCGAGCCUACGAACCGUGUGUUGUCAUCUCUGAGACAGUCAACAAGGUGUUCAUGUAUGUCGUCUUGAGCGACGAUACUGUCUACCUGGCCGAGUACCCGCCUCGCACCAUUCGACAGGCUGUCAGUUUCAGGGACGUCCUUGACAUCGAAUUGGUAAAUGAUUUACCGGAUUUUCUCAGUGGCCGCGACCGUGAACUAUCGCAGCAUAUCCGUGUUGUGUACGCCACUGCCAAGCAUGAUGGGAAAAAAGGAGGAGAGAAAGCUGGGCCACGCCCACGCCCGUCCGCCUCCCCUUCCCCUUUCCAUCACAGCAACAGGAGCGUCUCUCCAUCAUCUCUCCAAGGGCUCAGCAGUGUUCUCCUGUCUACCCAGUCAGCCCCGUCCGAGUCAGUCAGAUGGAGCGCCACUCCCUCCUCUCUGAGGAGCAGCAGGGAGGAAGAAGAGGGGGAAUACACCCUUAAACAGACAAGGUCUGCUUCCUGUCCCAGCCCCAGCCUGCAGGGCCUCCGAUUGCCCCUGCCUCGGUCUUUAUCACCGCAGCCCCUCCUCUCCUCCUCCUCUUCCUCAUCGUCUUUGUCGUCUUCCCCGUUCCCGUCCUGCGUCUCCACUUCGGCUGUGGGCCCGGCCCCCCCAAACCCGGGUGAAACGGGCGGGGCCGGGGAGUCGGUCAGAAGGGGCUCCGUCCUGUCACGGCUGAUGAGGCGGGUAUUAGUGGAGAAGGGCGGGGCAGAGAGGGAGGAGACGGAGGCGGAGCUGCACUUGUACGCCGUGUCCGUGACCUCGCGCAUCUACCUGCACCUACUGAGCUCCUGGAACAGCUACAUGAUCAGGUCAACGCUCAUGCUGGACCCACUCUACAGGAAGAGAUGCAGUCUGAAUUCUAGUUCGCUCUCUCAGAAACAGUGCCAGAUCAGCAGCUGGGAGCGCACGGCCUGUCUGUUCCGUCAGCUGAGCGGAGAGCUCCUGCAGGAGGGCAUUGGCCUGGAGUCUCUGUACCUGCUGCUGCAGGAGCUGCACACAGCUGCACAUCGCAACAUCACCGUCAGGAAGCUCUUCUGGAGGUCCAGUGACCUGUGCCCAUUUCUGGUGAAGACUCUGGAGGAGGCCCUGAAGAGAUUUCUGGACCCUGCUAAUGGGGACAGCAGAGCUCAGAGAGCAGACAGGCUGCUACUGUGUACUUUGGUGGCGGAAACCCUCAGCCUAAUGAUGCGGGAGAUGGAGGUGGAGCCAGCACGAGAUCAUAUGCUGACAGCCAAGCGGGGUGCACUGACUGAGAAGCUGCUGCUAGCUUUGGUUUGUGACCCUGAGGUUGUGCUUCAGGCCCCAGUGGGUGUGGAGGAGUCAGGCCAAACGUCCGUGCACGCGGAGCUGCAGGGCCUGAUGGGAGAGUUUUUGGACGCUGCGACGGCUCUCCUCUUCGAGGUGGUGGUGCUGUCCCAGCAGGCAAGCUGUACCCCAAAUUUUGGACACACACUGACAGUUGGUUGGGUACUGAAGACUCUGCAGAGCCAUAGUUCUACAUUUCCCUUUGUCAGUCACCUGACCCGGCAGGUGAUCUCAGUGCUGUCCGGUUCCCAGGUGGUUCUGAGCCCGGCCCAGUCGGUGCUACUGUACCAGCGGUGCCGGAUCCUGAUGGCCUGUCUGCAGCACAGCACUGACCUGGCCCAGUACAUCAGGACAGAGUUUGGAGAGGAGUUCAGGUAUUACGUGACAAUGUCCUGGGUGGAGGAGAAGCUGCCCCCUCAGUACCCCAUCAGCCAGUCCACCCUGAGGCUCAUCUCUCAGCUCCAGCACCUGGUGCUCAGAGAGCCCUGACCUGGGCUUAGCUACUGCUGCACCUCUCUGUCUGUUUCUCUCUCUCUCUCUCUCUCUCUCUCUCUCUCUCCCUAACACACACACACACACACACACACUCACACGUGAAUCUC